AAUCACAGAGCAAAUCUGAGGAAGAAAAGUCACUGAAGUAAAUUUGGUGACAGCUUAUUUUCUCCUGCAUUUUGCAAGACUUAUUAGCAAAUUUAUUCGUAUCACAUUAUAUUAAUAUAAUUACAACAUAGAAGAGACGUAAAAAACAGUAAUCAAGAGUUGAGACACCAAUUUGGCUUUUGCGCAGUUUUGGGUACGUUUACUACCGGAAUGUUUGCUCUACGAUUUCAACCUGUUAUUGUUUUGAAAGAGAAAAAAACCAAAAAAUGUUACGAAACCUGUUCAACUGCAAAUUGUAAUAUAAUCAUUACGUCAAUGAAUUACAGCCUUGUUAAUAGCCAGCAAUGUUCGGUAUAAUACGGUGAAAAAAGUAUACUGUUCGUUCCUAAGCAAAUUGCAGCUUGUAUUAUAAUGUAGUUUUUUUCUAUUUGUGUAUUAUUUCAUUUGACAAGAUCAAAUGCACAAUUUUGGUGACAAAAAUGUGUGGAAGAGAGAUAUUAAGAAAAUGGAAGCUGUGGAUACGAGUGGUGGUAAUGGUUGGUUAUGUAGUUAUAAUUCUGGUCCUCCUGCCUUUAAUGAUACUGAAGGCAGCCCAGGAUGGCUUCACGAAGGAAGAGCAAGUUACCCUUAUCGGCGGGCUGUUUGUAAUGAUGGCUCUGCCAAUAUCUUUCUGGGGGAUCGUGCAGCACAUAGUUCACUACACUAACCCGGCACUACAGAAGCAUAUUAUCAGAAUUCUCUGGAUGGUUCCUAUCUAUGCAUUGAAUGCUUGGCUGGGACUGCUGUUUCCCGAGGAGUCCAUCUACAUGGACUCGUUGCGGGAGUGCUACGAGGCCUAUGUCAUCUACAACUUCAUGGUGUACCUGUUGAACUACUUGAACCUCACGUCCAACCACAACUUCGAAGCAAACUUGGAGCAGAAGGAACAAGUGAAGCACAUCUUCCCGUUCUGCUACUUGAGCGACUGGGAGAUGGGCAGGGACUUUGUCCACAAUUGCAAGCAUGGAAUACUACAGUAUACGGUCGUGAGGCCAGUCACGUCAUUCAUCUCUUUCAUCUGCGAGCUGAGCGGGGUGUACGGGGAGGGCCUGUUCCGCGGAGACGUCGCCUUCCCCUACAUGAUCGCCAUCAACAACUUCUCGCAGUUCAUAGCCAUGUACUGCCUGGUGAUGUUCUACCGCGCCAACAUCGCGGAGCUGCAGGGUAUCAAGCCCCUCAGCAAGUUCCUCUGCAUCAAGGCCGUCGUCUUCUUCUCCUUCUUCCAAGGUGUGAUAAUUGCUAUCCUGGUGUAUACGGGUGUGAUAUCUUCAGUUUUUGAUACAGCAGACUCGGCAACUAUCAAAGACAUUUCUUCUAAGCUGCAGGACUUCCUGAUCUGCAUCGAGAUGUUCCUGGCGGCGGUGGCCCACCACUUCAGCUUCUCGCACAAGCCGUAUGCGAGCGGCGACGGCGCGCACGAGCAGUCGUGCUGCAGCGCGUUCCUCGCCAUGUGGGACGUGUCAGACGUGCAGCGAGACAUCAAGGAGCACUUCGGCGUCGUGGGCAGCUCGCUGAGCCGGCACAUAAGGGGGCGCGGCAUGUACCGGUACGCGGGGGGAAGCACCAACGAGUGCUCGAAGCUGCUGGUGCCGGAGCCUCCGGCGGACCCCUGCGUCGCUCCGGGGUACAACAGCGCCCCCGCGAGGCUGGAGGACGCGGGGCCCCCGAGCUACUACAACAGCAUGGACUCGUCGGACGGCCAGCGUCAGUUCGCGUCGGCGUCGUCCUCCGGCGCCCUGACGGAGGCGGCGAGCUCCGUCGGGACCGCCAGGCUGGUAGACCUGUCCGACAGUGCAGAGACGCUGUACAAGAGCCACGAGCCCGUCAGCACGUAGUGGCUCCCAUCGUCACCUUCACUAUACAGGAAAAAACUAUAUUUUUCAGCGCAGGUUUGGGGAGCUUCAUGAUCUAUUGCUGACGCCUGUCCUCUUGGUAUUAAUCGACUUGAAUGUAAUCUUCAAUACUGGAUGUGCAGGAUUCAUUGGCUGUGCGUAUGAAACUGGGAUUAGAUUUGUGUGAUUAUAGUUUUUGAAAUUAGUGAUGAUGUGUAUUAAUGCAUAAGAAUAAGUUGCUGCAGGCUUCAGUGUUCCAAAACUAAGGCCUACAUAUUCCAUGUUUGUUUGCCAAGGUUUCGGUUGGCCCUUGUGUGGGAUACCCUCGUAGGGAUAUGAUCCGCGUUCUUACAGUUCUGAAGAGGUGACGUGUGCUGUUUAUUCUCUGUUGACCUCGUGAUAGUAUCUGGUGCUCACUUCGUGCAGUCAUGUUGACAUUUACAACAUUCUUUUGAAAGAUAACAUGUUCGUAAGUAAAUACGUACUUCAGUAAUGCAGUAUAAAGCUAAUGCAGGAUUACGUUGGGUCAUUUGAGAAGGCAAAAUAUAAUAAGUUUGUACCAGGGUUUAGUAUCUACAUUAAGGAACAAGUUGGUAUCAAGUUAUUAAGUAAAUUGGUUUAGAUGGAUUUAUGUAAUAUAGUAAUAAUGUUGAUGUAAUAAUGUAGCUAUGUUGAAAUGUUAGGUCUUUUUACAAAAAUGUGAUAUUGGUUCGAACUUAGAUAGUAUUUAGGUAUAAAAUUCUUUAUUACUUAAGUCUUGACAAUUUUGAAUGGACUCGUAAAUAGACAUGUUUUUUUCAACUGUGAAAAAUUUAAUACAGAAAAAUAUCUUCAAAAACAUAGUAUAAAUAAAAUAUGUUCAAGUUUAAGGAGGACGCCCACUUUUUAAUAGAUUGUUUAUAGUUAAAACUACAGUAUUUACCGCAUAUGGGUCACAUAUUUUAUGCAGAUUUUUUUAAUAUGCACAGUUUGUGUAACUAAAUGUACUCAAAAGUGAAGUGACACAAUAUCUGAGUGAGAUUUGGCACUUACAGACAAAAGAGCACUUUUUUUUUUUUAGUUUUAUUUACAAUACGAUGCACUUGUGAUAAAUAGUAAAUUACUGAAAUAUGAUUGUGUAUUGUGUCACUUUGUUUUUUGUGCAACAUCAUAAAUAUCCUCCUCGCAUAAAUUACUUGCUUUAUUCUUUAUUUUCCAAUGAUUUUGAAAAUAGCAGUCUUCUUUCUUGUCUUGUUGGGAAGUGUGGGGAUUGGAGGGGUCGCAAAUGGGGGGGGGGGGGGGGGGGGGGAAGUGGUCCGCCUCACCCUUCCCGUAGUAAAUGGACAGAGAAGAGCUGAGGCACUACAUAGCAGAUUUUGGGCACAUAUUUUACUAGUCUAUAACAUUUUAAGUGCUUGGUGUCUUUCCGAAAUGAACAGCUGCCUCACUUAUACUGUAGUGAACUUGUGGUUGUUAAUACUUUUAUCUUGAUGUAAUAAGAAAUCAGAUACUGUUUUUUUUUUCUUUGUGCAGCUUUCUGGAUUACUGUCUCAUCAGAUAAACUGCUUUAUUUAUUCUUUUCCCAACGUUGAUGAGAUUGUUAGUUGGUAAAGAAUGUCAUUGGUUGAAUGCUACACUUCAUUUUGUGAGUUCGACAUUCACAACAAAGGUGCAUCUGAAAAUCUAGUGAAAUCCAGCAAAAAAUAUAUAUAUAUAUAUAUAUUUAUGUAUGUAUAUGUUUGGUUAAGGUAGCUGCAGUUAUAUGACAUGAGUAAUGACUGUGAGAAUAUGCUUUUGCAUAGUUCUUGUAACAUCACAGACAAUUUCUCAGGAUAGGUAAAUUUCACCUAUGCGGACAUUUACAAAAUGGAAGUAGCUUGUUGCGUUUAACAAAGCUGUUAGCAGAGUUAUUUGAAUGUUAGGCAGCUACUUUUUAUUUAACACUAAUUUGCCUAAGAUUAAAGUAGGGUUUGUAUGCUUUAAUAUCCUUUCAAGUUCUUCAUUUAAUUUGAGUUACUUAAGGGCCCAUAAAUGUCCUUAAAAUUUUUUCCCAGUAACAUUAAAGUACAUUGUUCUGCAUGGAUUUCUUUAUUAUUUUGUUUUAUACUCUGCUGCAAGCAAUGUUUUGCACAUGCAAUUUGUGGGUAUUUCAUAAUGCUGUAUGCAUAGUGCCUAAAAUACUUUAAGUACCCAAAAUCAUUUAUUUUGCUUCAUUAAAUUAUGAGCUAUAAUUAAUAAUCUUAAAAAAAAACUUCUUUUUCAUACCUUAAGGGUUGAAUUUCGCAAAAUGUUAACAUUGUGGUUGUUUGUUUUUGUGUGUCUAUUAUUGGUACUCAUUAUAAUUUAUUACAUUUAAUUAAAUUUGGAGAUAAAAUUAUAUAAUCUUUAAAAUAUACUUACCCCUUUUUCUCCUCUUAGGGGUUGAAUUUCGAAAAUACAAAACUUUCGGGUGGAAAUUUUUGAAUGGUCAUAAUUGUUACCCAAAAUCAUUCAUUACUCUUAAUUAAAUACAGAGUAUUUAAAAUGUCAUCUUUAAAACGUACUUACCCCUUCGUAAUCCCUUAAGGGUGGAAUUUCUGAAUACAAAAAUUUUGGUUAGAAGUGUUUGUAUGGUCAUUAUUGUUUCGCAAAAUUAUUCAUUACGCUUAAUUAAAUACGGAGUUAUGAUUAUUAAUCUUAAAAUCAUACCCCUUUUUAACCCUUUAGGGGUUGAAUUUUGCAAAAUAUAUAAAUUGAGGUGGGUAGUUUUCGUAUGUUAAUUAUUGGUACCCAAUAUUUUUUCUUAAGCUUAAUUUAUUUCAGAAAUACAAUUAACUAUCCUAAAAUCUUAUUUACUCCUUUUUCACCACCUUUGGAGGUGGAAUUUCGCUAAAUAUAAAAAAAUAUAAAUCCAAUAAUUUUAUAAGGGUUGUAUUAAAAUACGUGUGGUGUUAACACGUUGUUUGUGAUACGAAUUCAUUCCUGGAAGUUAUUCGUAUAAAUUGAAUAUUAAUAAAUAAGUUCUGUAAUUUAAAUUAUAAUGUUGUUUUAAAAUGUGGGAUUUAUUCUUUUUGAAUUCUGUUGAAAUUAAUCAUUUUUAGAAUUCGUGCAUAAAUAAAUGAAUUAGUAAUUAUAACAUAAAUAAUUUCAUUAAUAAAAAUUAUUUCCUAAAUUGAUAAUAUUUAGUUCAUUUUUUAAUGUACAGGAAUGGGUAAAUCAAAAGCAGAGUACAUGUGAGAACCAGUGUAAGCUUGAGAAAAAAAUGCAAACUGGAGAAAUAGGGCAAAAAAAAACUACUCAUCAUAACUCUACGCAACGUAACUGGGAUUUGUCUAACAGGUGAGAUGUUAUACAUCACUGGUGAGAACUGAGACUCGCUUACUUUCAUUAAUAGUAUAUAAAAUUAUGAACCAUGCAAAGUUAGAAUUUUUUUUUUUUUUUUAAGGAGUCUUUUAUUAAGUAAGCCGUGCAGAUAAAGGUUAUUUAUUGCUAGUGCCAGUUUUAAUAUACAAGUUUCGUAAAAUUCAAUGCAUAUCAUGUAAAAAACUUUAUUAGAAUGUACGUUUCAUCAACAAACAUAAUUUGUUAAUUCGCAAGAAAAUCAUUCAGUAAUUAUGAUACAGCUUUUAUUAUUUUGGAUUGUAGUUGCGUACUUGUGAUAUUUGUAAUAAACUUCAGUUUGUGAAUACUCAAGAAAAUAUUUAAAUUGAAAUAUUAUUUGAAUCAUAAAAAAACAGUAAAUAUUUUUAUAGUGAAUAAAUGAUAAUGGUACAUAGCUGGUGUUUUACAAUGAAAUAUUAAAUCAUAAUUUGACUGGUAUUUUGUUUUCAUCCAAAAUACUUUUUUCUUUCUUUUAUGAAAUUGUUUGUAAUUUUAUAGCUGUAAGUGUGUUAAAAGGCAAAAGUUAAAUAUCAUCACCACUUAGGUCAGCUGUGGAAUUAAUUUAUUGUGUUAUCAGGCUGGCUUCAUUCUAUGGCCAAAGGGAUUAAUUUUCAAAAAUGUUUGCUCACUGUUAUUUUGCUUUUGAUUUUAUUGAUUGUAUUUAAAUGUAAAUGUAUGUCACCAUAUGAAAACCACUUGAAUGAUUUGUUGUGGGAUAGUCUGUAAUUACAGUUGGUAACAAUGGCUUGGAAGUACCUAAGUGCUUUUUUCAUUAGCAGAAGUAGCUGGCUGGCCGUCCAUAUGCUUGAGCAGAUUCAUUCUUUUGCCGUCCAUGUGAAUUAGUGUCCCGAGGCUUUGCGAGAAGGACCCAGUAAGGAAACCGUGGUACUAUAUGUCCAAGGUCACUAUUCUCGCUUCUUGCUCAAUCAAGAACCGGGGAAACCAAAGAACGUUAGCACCAAAACAUUCAGGGAGUACCUGGGGCAGAACCGUGAAGUAAGCCGCGUCCGCACUGGAGUGACUUUGUUGUACGUCGGUGUCAGUUGACAUUGUCGACACUUGAAGACUAGGCUUCUGGAAAUCCUAUAUUUGUAUCAGAAUAGAAUUUUGAAUCUAGAAUAUUUUACUAAUCAAAUUUAAACAUACAAUGAAACUUCUACCCCCCUCCCCCCCACACACUUUAAAGGAGUCCAAAAAAAAAAUCAAUGAAUAACACAGCGAAAUAUUUAUAGAACCAUAAUAGAGGGGUGCAAACUGUAAAAAAAGAAAGCAGUGCAUUUUUUUAAACCAUAAAUAAUUAAACAUUGUUUCGUUGAAAAUAAUUAGGUUAUAUUAAAAUAGUGUAUUUUUAAUGACUUGUAAUCAUAACCACAUAUUAUUGGCUACAUUUUAAAAGCAUAUUAUGUACUAUAUUGUAAAAAACAGAUCCAAACUUUGGUUUCAUACUUGUUAUAUCAUUUAAAUGUUUUUGUGUAUCAAUCUCACUUGCUGUAUGCAUUUGUAACGAAUAUGAAAUAUAUGUAUUUUUGGAUACUCAAUAGAUUCCAAGUGUAGAUGCUGUGUAUUGUAACUUGAUUAAUUUUUUUCCACCCAGUGUCGGUCUAAUCAGAGGGAAGUCAGGUGACAUUUUGAGUGUGUCACGUGACAAAAUGUUGCUGGGCGAGUUGAAACAUCAUGUAGUGCAACACCAUCGGUGCGGAUGCGGCUUUAGAUAUGCCCAGGAUCGGAGCGGAGUGGGACUCGUUGUAAAAGUGAUUAUUUUUCGUGUGCUGUUGCU